GAAUAUGAAUUGGGCGUCCCGAUAUACCGAAUGGUGAUUCUAGCUUCUUGUCCGGAUCAAUUUUUUGUAGUCACCGGUCAACCUAAAAGGUCACUCGAAAAAAAAAAAGCUUACAUUAUGAAGCAAAAAUACGUUCUUUUACAUUUCAAAUUCGAUUCAAAAGAUAAAAAACCUAAAACCCAAGUUAUAUGUAAAUCUGAACAUGAUUGCACUGGUUUGGAUGCUAGUGCUGAUGGAGAAUUUUUAGUUAUUACUUUCAUCCGGACAAUUCGGGUGAUCAAAUUAAAUUUAAUUCAAGACCCAAAUAGAUCAAAGUGGCCCAAAUAUGAACAUUCGAAAAGAAUCACGUGUGUCGCAGUUCAUCCUGAAAAGUCCUGUAUAUCGAUUGGAGAUGAUAUGGGAAAAAUUACUUACUGGUAUUGUCUCAAUGAGAAACAAAUUCAGGAUCCUGUGAUAUCGACAGUUCAUUGGCAUUCCCACAAAGUCAACCAUAUUGCAUUCACAAAUGAUGGUUCCCACCUCCUUUCUGGAGGAGAAGAAGCAGUUCUUGUAAUAUGGCAGGUUGAGACGGGAUACAAGACAUUUCUUCCUCGUCUAGGUUCCGAAAUUCUUUUCGUUUCAAUCAGUCCCGAUCAGUCCUUGUAUGCUAUUGGUUUUCUGGAUAAUUCGAUUAAGAUUUAUUCUGCAAUCAAUUCUGAAAUCAAACAAGCAAUACAAGGGUUAAAAUAUGCACGAUCAAACAGCACAACAAAUCCUCUGUCCACUGGUCUUGUAAUAGAACCGAAAAACCAUCACGUAGUUCUCAAUGGAAUUCCAGGAACAAUACAAUUUUAUAACGCAUACACCGAUAGACACGUGAUGGAAUUCGAGGUUUCGUCACGAAAUUUGGUAUCUAGAACAUUUAAAAAAGAAGUCACCUAUCACCACGUAUGCCAUGUAGCUUUUUCAUCGAAUGGAAAUUGGAUGGCCACUAUUGAUUCUAGAGAUGAUGGUGAAACGACGCCCGAAUUAUACUUGAAAUUUUGGCAAUUUGACUCAUCCUCGCAAACAUAUGUCCUCAACACGCGUGUCGACCGUCCUCAUCUAAGAUCAAUAGUGUCAUUAAGUUACCAACAUGGAUCCGGGGAUAGCUAUCCUAUCUUUGUAACCACAGGUUUAGACAACAAAUUUAAGGUGUGGCGGAUCAACACCGAAAAUAAAAAGUCUAAAAAUUCGGAGGGUUCUUACAGACAAUACACCCCUAGCACGGCUGCUUUUUCACACGAUGGAUCCAUACUCGCGAUUGCAUACGGUUCUAUUGUAACAUUAUGGGAUUCUCGAUUGAACGUUGUUAAUUGCGUUUUACCUAUAAUACCAAAUAAUGAAAUGGUGAAUCACCUUGUUUUCACCAAGAAUGCACCGUUCCUAGUGGCUGCAACAAAAAAACACCUUUAUGUAUGGAACUUACUAACCUGUACAAUUUGGUGGAGUUAUAAAUUUGAGGUUCACCAUCUAGCUGCUGAUCCUGAAAAUUCAAGUUUUGUUGUCGCGAGUAAUCACGAGCAGUUACAAGAAUGCACAUUCCUGAUCUUCGAUCCAAAGAGUUGCAUUCCAAUUGUGGUUCACAAUGCAAAGGAUGUUGUUGAGGCUAUAGCUUAUCUGCCUAAACGCCUUGACAAUACAGAUUCUUCUUCUGGUCCCUUGCAAUCACAAAUCAUCUACCUGAAUCAAAAAUAUGAUAUGUUAACGAUAGGAGACAAAGUGGAAAAG